AUGACCCUUCCGACUGUAAUUCAUGAUUCUCUACCCUACAUUGACGCCGAGAUAAAUGCGGAGGAGCGUGCAUCCGCAUUAUCACUCAUUAGCGCCGAACUGGAUGAUGCUGCGAAGAGUGAUAUCGCCGACCCACCCGCACCGCCAACUGAAAAUCUCUCUGCUCUCGCCCUCGCCGAGAUCCAGAGGGUCCAAGAGAAGCGGCCCUUGAAAGCCAUUGAGCUCACGCGCUACGAAUCCAAUGAAUUCCCAUCAGCGCCUUCUGAGGCUCAUCCUGAAUCCUGGCACUCGGCUCUCCAGGCAACCUACACAUCGCAAGUAUACCUUCAGAACCGGCAAAAAAACCUGGAAUUCCUCGCUGAAUAUGGUAAAAAUUCCUGGCUUCUAGCAAAUGCCCGACUGGAAGAUACUCUGAGAGACUUGGAGCAGGAACUGACGGCCAGCAAGACGGAGCUCGACGUGUGCGUACUGCAGAGGAAGUCGCAUCAAGAAGCUGUAGAGGGCGAGAUAAGGAGUCUUGAAGAUACUUGGAAGAAGGGGGUGGGAAGACUGCUUGAGACCGAGGUCGCUGCUGAGAAGUUAAGACGGGAGAUUCUACAAAGACUGAGAGCAAAUGCAAAAUGA